AUGUCGUUUUACAUUGGUCGUGAGGCUUCGAAGCUAUGGAAGAGGUUCUGUGCGGAGAUUACAACAGAAAUCAACCUUCUUGCUGAAAAUUGGAAGUAUAUUUUAGGGGGUCUUAUUUGUCAGUACAUACAUGGACUAGCAGCCCGGGGAGUUCAUUAUUUCCACCGGCCAGGACCAAUACUCCAGGAUAUUGGCUUCUUUCUUCUUCCGGAACUUGGGCCGGAAAGAGCUUACAUCAGCGAAACCGUAUUUACAUUUGUUUUUCUCUCUUUCGUAUUGGGAUCGAAGCUUGCUCGGCUGCCUCCUCCAGAUAAUAUUUUUGAAGUCCUUUUAAUAGUUCCUAAGGGUGUGCUUUAUGGCUGUGGCGAUCUAAUAUUUUCCUCACACAUGAUAUUCUCUCUAGUUUUUGUGCGAACAUAUCAUAAAUACGGCACGCGAAGUUUUAUAAAGCAGCUUGCAUGGGUAACUGUUAUAAUCCAAAGCUUGUUGAUUGUGGCAUCACGAAAGCACUACACAGUUGAUGUUAUCGUGGCAUGGUACACAGUUAAUUUGGUCGUGUUCUUUAUCGACAAAAAGUUGCCAGAACUUCCCGACCGUUCUAGUGGGGCCACCCUUUUCCUCCCGGUGACAAAAGAUAACAGGAGUAAGGAAGAGAAUCAUAAGCUGAUUAAUGGAAACUCUGGAGAUUCAGCCGAUUGGAGGCCGAGAACUCAAGUAAACGGCAAGAUUAUGGAAGAUGGAAAUGUUGUGCAUGUUGAAGCAGUUAUCAACAGUGUUUAG